CCCUUCUAUAGAUAACAACCACUCUACAUGAUGCCGGUGUUGGUCAGAGUAUAUCAUCGUAUAUAGAUAAAGUUAGAAACCUCCCCCGGUACAGAGUCCAAACUCACUCAUGUAACGUGGCCCGCGCCAUCUUAUUCUUAUGUAAAAUUGCAGAAAUAUGAGGUUACCUCUAAGUAUAACGUGGUUAUGUCUGGGUGUUGUAGUGACUGUACUUGGACAGACUCCGCCCCAUUACAACUACCCUUCCACCUGUGCACCAGCAAACUCGACCAUUCUCGAUCCAUCUUUACCGGCUAACACGCCUCAACCACCGUUACCUAAUAUCCCGGACACGUUUCAAUUACGGGUAGAAGCAAACAUCAUCAAUAAACAACAAACCUGGUCUACUGAGGAAUACUAUGAUGACAUCAAUAACCGUGCGGCACUCCGGUUGCUAAGGAAUAACUCAAUGGAUUAUAUGAUUUUCGAUUACUCCACAAAUCAGAUCAUAUACGAUGUCAACAAUAAUUGUUCUGUGACGACCUUGAAUAGAGACCCUUACGGAAAUGAGUUUAUUUUUGGCAUGAAGGGAGUAGGAGGGGGUUCGAGCGGGAUACCUCAUAUAUAUACGACUAGUUCAGCUCUUCAUUUCGCUAAAUCGAAUGGUUUGAUGUAUAAAGGAACCAAGGUUAUACGAGGGAUACAAUGUGACUGGUGGCAAUCUUGUAUGUUCUGGCCAAACUUAUUUGCCAACUUUACACUCGACUAUUACUUCUCUGGUUAA